AAAUUGGACCAGGAGAGGGAGGAGGGAGAGGAGAGGGAAGGAGGAGGAGGAGGAGGGGGCAUCCCCAGGUGCAGGAAGGGAGGGGGAAAAGCGUGGAGGUGGCCUUUUUAUAGGGUCCCCUUCCCUUCUGAAUUCUCCCGUCUUUACUUGCAGGCACUGAGCCUCCGCUAGACUCUGAUUCCCCUUGAAAUCCUUCCUUCCAAGUCUCCUUCCUUCCACUCAGCCCAACAUCUUGGUGCAGCACAGCUCCCACAGUUUCCUAGUGUUGCCUUUCCCCACGUUCCCCGGCUGCUGGGGGUGGGGGGGAGAGGAGAGAGGAUCGGGUCCCCAAAGUAAGUCUGGAGGGAUAGAAGAGGUGGAAGACUUGGGGAGACCUGAGUUCAGAGGGAAGGUGGCUGAAGGGGCUCCGUCCGAAGUUAUGAACCGUGCUAGGAGGAGCCCAGUGGCAUCUGAAAGGUUGGUGAGAGGACAUCACAGCAGCUUGAAUGGAUUUCUGCAGAAAGUUCCCCAUCCAAUAAAAUAGCUGAAUAUUGAUUUUACCCUAUAAAAUAAUGCUUGUAGAAAAUUAAGUGGACCCAGAUCAUCAAGAAGCACUGGAGAGAAACAGACCUUUAUGGAUCCUUGGCUUCCCUUUUGUGCAUAAGUAAUUAUGACAAUUUCUAUUCCUGCCAGGAAGAAAGAUGGAGGUACAGGACUCGACAGGAUGUCAGGCAGGAAAGAGAGAGCCAGCGAGGGGAAGUGUUCAAACUAUGGCAACACAGGAAUAUCUGAAGGGUUUCACUACAUCUCAGAUUAAAGAAGAACCAGAAGAGGGGCUGGACCGAUUGUGUGAGAUCCAGAAAAGAGAAACUCUGAGGGCUCCAUAUUUGGAUGGAAGAAACUCUCCACCUUCUCAGUCCUCACCAGAGAAUAACACUAGGCCGCCUUUUAGCAGAAAGGCCGAUCUCCAUCAAUGGUCCCUCAGAGGAAAAGCUGCAUCCGAAACCUUGCCAGGCCUGGGCUGCAUGGAAGUUCCCAAAUUUUACGAAGGCCUGGAUUCCCCACUGGAAGUGAAGGAAGAGUUGGUGGAGGAGGGCAAGCUUAGUGUGGUGCUACAAUGCCAACGCUUCCGGCAGUUUUGCUAUGAGGAAGCUGAAGGGCCUCAGAAAGUGUUUGGUCAACUCUGGGACCUUUGCUGCCAGUGGCUGAAGCCGGAGCGUCACUCUAAGGAGCAAAUCCUGGAGCUGGUGAUCUUGGAGCAGUUCCUGAUGAUCCUGCCGCUGGAAAUGCAGAACUGGGUUCGGGAACAGUGUCCGGAGACGGGGAGCCAGGCGGUGGCUUUGGCCGAAGACUUUCUUUGGAGGCUGCCACAAGGAGCUGAGCAGAGGGAAGAUCUGGUGGAUUUGCAUCAUGAGCCUUCCAAUUCCGAACUGGAUCCGUUGGAUAUCGUGAAAGUUGAGGUCCCCAUGGAUGGAGACAGAAGCUCCGACCACCAACACUACUUCUUCGGAGAAGUAACAGACUUGCCUGAGGGAAUGUAUAGUAGCAGGAGGAUGAAGGCCACUUUUGACUCUCCUCCAAGGAGUCAGAAAGUACCACUGAAAGAAAAACUGCACAAAUGCCAAUAUUGUGGGAAGCUCUCUGACUGCCGCGCUCACUUGAUUAUUCACGAGCGAACCCACACAGGGGAGAAACCCCACAAAUGCUCAGCAUGUGGGAAAAGCUUCACCCGGAAGGAAUCUUUGAUUAUCCACGAGAGGUUCCAUACAGGGGAGAAGCCCUAUAAAUGCUCAUUGUGUGGUAAAACCUUCAGUGAUAAAAUUGGGCGCCUCAUCCAUGAGAGAACUCACACCGGGGAGAAGCCGUACAAAUGUUCUGAGUGUGGGAAGAGUUUUGGCACUCAUUGCAACCUCCUGAGGCACCGGAGAGUUCAUACAGGCGAGAAACCAUACCAUUGCUCAGACUGUGGCCAGAGUUUCCGAUACAGACCGCAGUUAGUGAUCCACGAAGGGACCCACAAAGGGGAGAAGCCUUAUAAAUGUGCAGACUGUGGAGAAACUUUCAGUCAGACGCGACAUCUGGUGAUACAUAAGUGGACUCACACGGGAGAGAGGCCUCACCAAUGUGCCGUCUGCAGCAAAAGUUUCAAUCAAAAGUCAGACCUUAUUACUCACACCAGGACCCACACUGGGGAGAAGCCGUAUGUCUGCUCCGACUGUGGGAAGAGUUUUAUUUCGAGUUGCCAGCUGAGGAAGCACGAGAGAAUUCACACCGGGGAGAAACCGUACCAGUGCGCAGAGUGCGGGAAAUGCUUCACUUACAGUUCUCAUCUCACCACGCACCAGCGGACACACACGGGAAGAAAGAUGGAGGCAAAGGACUCGCUUGGAUCUCAGGCAGGAAAGAGAGAGCCAGCGAGGGGAAGUGUUCAAACUAUGGCAACACAGGAAUAUCUGAAUGGUUUCACUACAUCUCAGAUUAAGCAAGAACCAGAAGAGGGGCUGGACCAGUUGUGUGAGAUCCAGAAAAGAGAAACUCUGAGGGCUCCAUAUUUGGAUGGAAGAAACUCUCCACCUUCUCAGUCCUCACCAGAGAAUAACACUAGGCCGCCUUUUAGCAGAAAGGCCGAUCUCCAUCAACGGUCCCUCAGAGGAAAAGCUGCAUCCAAAACCUUGCCAGGCCUGGGCUGCAUGGAAGUUCCCAAAUUUUACGAAGGCCUGGAUUCCCCAGUGGAAAUGAAGGAAGAGUUGGUGGAGGAGGGCAAGCUCAGUGUGGUGCUACAAUGCCAACGCUUCCGGCAGUUUCGCUAUGAGGAAGCUGAAGGGCCUCAGAAAGUGUUUGGUCACCUCUGGGACCUUUGCUGCCAGUGGCUGAAGCCGGAGUGUCACUCUAAGGAGCAAAUCCUGGAGCUGGUAAUCUUGGAGCAGUUCCUGAUGAUCCUGCCGCUGGAAAUGCAGAACUGGGUUCGGGAACAGUGUCCGGAGACGGGGAGCCAGGCGGUGGCUUUGGCCGAGGACUUUCUUCGGAGGCUGCCACAAGGAGAAGAGCAGAGGGAAGAUCUGACAGACUUGCAACAUGAGCCUUCCAAUUCCGAACUGGAUCCGUUGGAUAUCGUGAAAGUUGAGGUCCCCAUGGAUGGAGACAGAAGAAAGAUGGAGGUAUGGGACUCAGCAGGAUGCCAGGCAGGAAAGAGAAUGACAGCGAGAGGAAGCAUUCAAACUGCGGCAACACAGAAAUAUCUGAAUGGUUUCACUACAUCUCAGAUUAAAGAAGAACCAGAAGAGGGGCUGGACCAGUUGUGUGAGAUCCAGAAAAGAGAAACUCUGAGGGCUCCAUAUUUGGAUGGAAGAAACUUUCCACCUUCUCAGUCCUCACCAGAGAAUAACACUAGGCCGCCUUUUAGCAGAAAGGCCGAUCUCCAUCAACGGUCCCUCAGAGGAAAAGCUGCAUCCGAAACCUUGCCAGGCCUGGGCUGUAUGGAAGUUCCCAAAUUUUACGAAGGCCUGGAUUCCCCAGUGGAAAUGAAGGAAGAGUUGGUGGAGGAGGGCAAGCUCAGUGUGGUGCUACAAUGCCAACGCUUCCGGCAGUUUCGCUAUGAGGAAGCUGAAGGGCCUCAGAAAGUGUUUGGUCAACUCUGGGACCUUUGUUGCCAGUGGCUGAAGCCGGAGCGUCACUCUAAGGAGCAAAUCCUGGAGCUGGUGAUCUUGGAGCAGUUCCUGAUGAUCCUGCCGCUGGAAAUGCAGAACUGGGUUCGGGAACAGUGUCCGGAGACGGGGAGCCAGGCAGUGGCUUUGGCCGAGGACUUUCUUUGGAGGCUGCCACAAGGAGAAGAGCAGAGGGAAGAUCUGGCAGACUUGUGUCGUGAGCCUUCCGAACUGGAUCCAUUGGAUAUCGUAAAAGUUGAGGUCCCUAUGAAUGGAGACAGAGGCUCCGACCAUCAACAGUACUUUCUCGGAGAAGUGACAGACUUGCCCGAGGGAAUGUACAACAGCAGGAGUAUGAAGGUGACUUCUGACUCUCCUCCAAAGAACCAGAAAGUCCCACUGAAGGAAAAACUGCACAAAUGCCAAUAUUGUGAGAAGAUCUCCGACUGCCGCGCCCACCUGAUUAUUCACGAGCGAACCCACACAGGGGAGAAGCCCUACAAAUGCUCUCUGUGUGGCAAAACCUUCAGUGAUAAAAUCAGGCACCUCAUCCAUGAGAGAAUUCACACCAGAGAGAAGCUGUACAAAUGCUCUGAGUGCAGGAAGAGCUUUGACACUCGCUGCAACCUCCUGAGGCACCGGAGAGUUCACACGGGCGAGAAACCCUACUGUUGCUCGGACUGCGGCCAGAGUUUCCGAUAUAAACCGCAGUUAGUGAUCCACAAAGGGACCCACAAAGGGGAGAAGCCUUAUAAAUGUGCAGACUGUGGAGAAACCUUCAGUCAGAUGAGGCAUCUGGUGAUACAUAAAUGGACUCACACGGGAGAGUGGCCUCACAAAUGCGCCAUCUGCAGCAAAAGUUUCAAUCAAAAGUUGGACUUUAUCGCGCACACCAGGACCCACACUGGGGAGAAGCCGUAUGUCUGCUCUGAUUGUGGGAAGAGUUUCAUUUCGAGUUGCCAGCUGAAGAAGCACGAGAGAAUUCACACCGGCGAAAAACCGUACCAGUGCGCAGAGUGCGGGAAAUGCUUCUCUUACAGUUAUCAUUUCACAAUGCACAAGCGAAUACAUACGGGCGAGAAACCUUACCGGUGCCCAGAUUGUGGGAAAUGUUUCAUUUCUAGUUCUCACUUCACCACCCAUAAAAGGACGCAUACUGGUGAGAAGCCCUAUCAGUGUACCUACUGCGGGAACAGUUUCAUUCAGCGAUCGCAGCUUGCCAAACAUGAGAGGUCGCACAUGGGAGAGAAGCCCUUCAUCUGUUCCGAGUGCGGGAAGAGCUUUCCCCAGAGCCAAGGGCUCAAAAAGCACAUGCGGACUCACACUGGCGAGAAGCCAUACGGGUGCCUCAGAUGCGAGAAAAUGUUCUCCAGUUCCUUUAAUCUGUCCAGGCAUCAGAAAAUCCAUGCAAGGGAGAAGCUAUAAUGGGGCACUUUAGACAAAAGACGGUAGGGUGAUCGGAGUAGCUAGAUACAGGUAAUCCUCAUUUGAAGUGACAAUCGACACCUGAAAAAGGGGACUUGCAAUGUGGAUUUGGAGUUCUGAAGGUCAGGUCCCUCCAUGGUCCCCUGACCAAAUUUCAGGCACUUGGCAACAGAACCAUUUGCAGAAUCCCAUGGUCACCUCACCAUGUUUUGCAAUGGUUUUUGCAGAAAACCAGCACUUGGCAAAACUGCACCCAUGGCAACCCAUCGGUUUGUUUUAGAACCAUGGUGUUUACUUAACAAUGGCAGAUUUUGCUUAAUGAAUGCGAUGAUUCACUUAACAAUCGCAGUGAAAGGGUUUGUAAUAUCGGGUUGGUCAUGUUCUAUGACUGUUGUGACAUGACUGUAACCGGCAGGCUCUGAGCCGUGGUGGCGCAAUGGUUAAUGCAAUACUGCAGGUUACUUCUGGUGAUUGCCAGCUGUCGGCAGUUCGGCAAUUUGAUUCUCACUUGUUCAAGGUUGACUCGGCCUUCCAUUCUUCUAAGGUGGGUAAAUGAGGACCCAGGUUGUUGGGGGCAAUAUGCUGACUCUGUAAACUACUUAGAGGGGCCUGUAAAGCUAUAUAUAAGUCUAAGUGCUUUUGCUACUGUUAUGUCAAGGACUGCCUGUUGUGGGUGUAGUAUGGCGUAGGUCAAGAAAGAACACAGAAAGAACGGAACCAAGUCGUGUUUGGUCAGUUGCUAAACCAAAAUGCUGUAAAGAUCUGGUUUGCUGGCAAUGACCUUGUUUCUUGUGAAUGACCUUAUUUCCCAUUUGGGUUCACCUGCUAGUGGGAGAAACUAAACCAGAACCUCUCCACUCCCAAAUCUGCAAGGAAAUGAGAUUGCCAGACCUCAUGAUAUUCUCAUGCUGAUAUAUAUAUAUAUAUAUAUAAAAAUUUGAUUUAUAUGCCGCCCUUCUCCGGAGAUCAGGGCGGCUUACAAUGCGUUAAGCAAUAGCCUUCAUACUUUUGUAUAUUUAUACAAAGUCAGUUUACUGCCCCCACAAACUGGGUCCUCAUUUAACCUACCUUAGAAAGGAUGGAAGGCUGAGUCAACCUUGAGCCUUGGAGAGAUUCGAACCUGCAGAAAUUGCAGGCAGCUGUGUGAUGCAUUAACAGGGUGCAUUAAACCACUGUACUACCAAGGCUCCUUGGUAGAUAUAUCCCAAGACACUGCAAAGAAUGCUGAAGUUGGGUGAGACCUUGGGCUUUUGGCAUUUUAAAAUGAUUAUACGGUAGUCCUUGACUUACGACUACAAUCGAGCCCAAAAUUUCUGUUGCUGAGUGAGAAAUUUCUUAAGUGUAUUUUGUUCCAUUUUAUGACCUUUCCAGCCUCAGUUGUUAAAGUGAUUCGCUGCAGUUGAUAAGUUAACAACCCAGUUGUUAAGUGAACCUGGUUUCCCCAUCGGCUUUGCUUGUCAGAAGGUUGUAAAAGAGGAUCACAUGAUCUUGGGACGCAGCAACCAUCAUAAAUAUGAAUCAGUUGCCAAGCAUCCUAAUUUUGAUCAUGUGAUCAUGGGGAAAGCUGCAACAGUCAUAAGUGUGAAAAUCUGUCAUUAAGUCACUUGUCAGUGCUGUUGUAACUUCAAACGGUCAUUAAAUGAACUGUUGUAAGUCAAGGACUACCUGUAUUAUGGUUUUAUAGCAAGUGCUACUUGGGAAGAGAGCUCGACAUCUGCAGGCAGAUGUUUCAGAACCUUGUGUUACAUAACUGGUGCCAAUUCUUUCUCUGCUUCAUUAACCAUGAUGGGUAAACUGUGGUUUCUGGCUCACUGUUUAUACACCACUCUAAACAGACCAGAGAAAGAACUUCCUUGGUGUGAUUUGUGAAUAACUCUGAACAUAAAAGUUUUUCCUAAAAAAUUGACCAAGUACAGAUUGAGAUACCAUGGUUUGUUCAACAAAGCAUGAUUAGAAAUAAACUCAAGUGCAGUACAGUACAGUAUACGAAUGCAGGAGUCACAUAAAAAGUUAACAAAGUUUGACCCAACAAUGUGAUAAAUAAAUUCAAGAGGUUGUAAUUUACUAUAAUAUAGACUAGCCUAUAUAGCUUGUAUAUUAUAUUCUUGCCUCACUUGCCUUUAUUUUAAAGUAUAGCCACACUAUUAUGUAAUCUCCUACAGAGUACCAUAUAGCUCAUGAAAGACAUAUUAUGCAUUUAUAUAAGAUAUAUCCUAUGUUUAGUAUCUUAACAUAUAGCCACAUUAUAGGCAUGUUUUAAUGUUGCUUACAGAGAAUUUCCUGUUAGCCUGAAAGGGGCCUCCUCCUUUCUCUCUCUUUCUCUCUCCCUCUCUCUCUGCUUGAGACCAGAACUGACAGGGAAAGCAAUUAAUCUGUUAACCAGUCUCCAUAGAAAAAGGGAAUAGCUUGACUGGGGUAAGAAUGUAUCUAAUUCAAGCACACUUUAACAUCCUCCUCCCUCGAAUGUUGUUUCUACUCAAUUAAUGUCCUGUUUUAUUGCUAUGUUAUUUUUGUAUAACAAGGUAGUUGAUAAGGGAGUAUCAAAGGGAUGGGAUAGGAGGGGGUUGAUUGCUUAGCAAAUUUGGGUGACAAUAACGGCUUAACUAACUUCAUAUAUUUAGGGGUAAUAGUAGAUUAUAAGUGGUCGGAAAGCAUGUGACUGAACCAGGCCUAUCAACUGGGCCUGGCUAGGAUAGGAAGGACUUAUAGCCAGUGAGAGGGAUGUAUAAAAUAUGCUGAGAUCUAUAACAUGGGCUUCUGUUGUUGUGUCAAGCAAAAGUCUCACAAGCUAUUUGCAAACAGCUUUUCUUAAUCUUACUUCUGGCUGACCCAAGUAUUGUGUGAAUUUAUUACGCACACAUAGAAGACAAAGAUCAUUCUCGGAAAGCCCGAAUACUUCAGUACGGAGUUUGCAAAUGUGGCCUGUACGUUUGCUCAUUGAUUGAAAAGUUCAUCUGUGUUGGAAUAAAUAUCCAUCUGCUUCUGUUCCAAGCCAGGAGAAAGACACUGGAAACAUGGAGGCUGAUUGGAAAGAUGGUUUAAUGAAGCAGAACCACAUGGGUUCUGGCAAGCUGGCCACAUGGAUUUGAGUGUAUGUGUGGGGGGUAUUUAUACCUUCUCUUGGGCUUUGCACUUGAACUUCCUGUUCCUGUGCAAGAAGAUGUAUUCUAUUGGCUGUUGUCAGACUCCCAUGGUGCCAUGUACAAAUCGUAGGAGUUUGUCUGAGAUAAGGUUGGUUAAAGUUUGGCUGAUGCAAUGAAGGGGCUUGUUGGGCAGUUCCUAUUGUGGCUGAAUGGCUUUGCCCUGAAGGAUAAUUCCAUCGUCCUGGAGCUGAAGGUCUUUUGUUUUGUAGAUAGGCUGGCCCAGUCUUUCCUAAUGGGCACAAGAGAUCUGCUGGGGCUAUUAAGAAAGUGGGGGUUGCUUUAAAAAAAAUCAUGUUUCUCCAUUUCUCAUCCAGGGAAAUAUACCGUUUCCCCCAAAAUAAGACAUCCCCUGAUAAUAAGCCCAAUCGGGCUUUUGAGUUCAUGGCAAUAAGGCCAAGCACUUAUUUCAGGGUUCAAAAAAAUAUAAGACAGGGUCUUAUUUUCGGGGAAACACAGUAAUAUUCUGCCUUUUUAAUAUUUCUCAAAAUAUUUCAUUCUUCUAGGAGAGGGGUGGGUGCUAACUUUCUUCAUCUGUAAAUCAUUGCAAGGAAUCUAAUUGGGUUCCAACUUUGUGACAGUUCCCAAUUUACUACAGGUAGUGCUCGAUUUAGGACCGGUUGCUGAGGAACUGUCUGUUAUGAUGAACCUCCCUAGAUGACCAAGAUUUGAGCUAAUGGUUGCCACUCCCUCCUGCUAUCACCUUGAUUGUAAUUUUGGGCACUUGGCAACCAAGUUGCAUUUACAGCAUUUUGCAGUGUCCGGGAGUCACAUGAUUGCAUCCUAAGUUGCAUUAACAGAAGGAUUCAAUUAAGAUCAAGUGAGGUACUAAUACCUCAUAAAAGAGCCAUAAGCAAGGGAGCUGUGAUUCUAUCUCCUACCAUCAGCUGCAAGAGGAGACCCUCAAGGCAAAGUAGCAAAGGCUGAUACAGCCCUUUUGAAAUACAGAUAGUCCUUGACUUAUGGCCACAAUUGAGCCCAAAAUUUCUGUUGUUAAGUGAGACAUUCUCUAAGUGAGUUUUGCCCUUUUUUAUGGCCUUUCUUGUCUCAGUUGUUAAGUGAAUCACUGCAGUUGCUAAAUUAGUAAUCCAGUUGUUAAGUGAAUCUGGCUUCCCCACUGUCUUUGCUUGUCAGGUCGUAAAAAGGGGAUAUGAUACAAGUCAUAAAUAUGAACCAGUUGCCAAGCAUCUGAAUUUUGAUCACACGAUUGUGGGGAUACUUGAAAGAUUGUAACUGUGAAAAAUGGUCACAAGUCGCUUUUUUAAGUGCCUUUGUAACUUUGAAUGGUUACUAAAUGAACCGUUGUAAGCCUAGGACUACCUGUAUUAUUUUGUACAUCCAGAGCUGUUUAGUUAGUAUAAUUAUUUUACUGUCAUACAUUUAUUUCAAUAAUGUUACAUUAAAAAAAAAUCAUCUUCACAGUCCUUAUUACACCGAGCCCAAAAAAUUGAAAAAGGUCAAAACAGACGCUUUCAUAAUGUGAGAUGAGAUAAAUGGAGAUUAAUGUUUGUAAUGCAGAUUAAAUAAAAAGUUUGCAGAGUUGGUGUCUUUAAAAGUCGGGCUUUAAAAUGUCAAAAAUGGCAUUUUUUUCAGCUCUGUUUAUGAACCAACGAAACAUGUAGUGAAGAAAAAUGAACUUGUUUUAGUCAUUGUGUUUUAGUCUGACAAUUCUCUUAUUCUGUACCCAUGUAUUUUCCUCCAGCACCAAAGGGAUUAGAACAUAAUUGCGCGAAUUCAUAAAUGUUGCAUUUAUACUUACACUGAGAGGUAAACAGAAGGUUUUGUGUUAAAUUGAUGCCAGUCCUCCUUAUAUUGAGGUCACUUUUAUUUUGUUGAUUGUUGAAGAAUGUAACAGAAGAGGGGAGGGCGGAAGGGACUUCAUUUUAUUUUGCUUUUCAACAAAGAAACGAGAGGAUUAAAAAUGGUUACUUUCUGCUGAUUCUUAAUUAUCAA